AGUUGAAUGCGUGAUAUGGUUUCUUCAUCAAAAACGGCAUCAAUUGCUAGUUCUGAAGAAGACGUAUCUUUUAUUUAGCUUGUGACUCAAAUUUAUUCAUUGCAAAAGAUUUCUACCUUUAAAGUUUUCUAAUUUCAUCGUGCAUUUUUGGUUUAGUCUUAGUUUACAACAACCUUUUAACAACAACCCGUGCAUAAUUUCGACAAAAAACUUUAGGAUUAUUUACCUUUCAAAAAAAAGAAAACAACGCAAUCUGAAGUGAUCGACUGGAUUGACGAUUUUCGUCUUCAAAGUCAUCACUGGAAGAAGUACAAGUUGUGACGCGGUUGAAACAACAAAUGAAACUUCUUGUUCUGCACUCAUGAUAAACCCAAUGAAAACGGGAAUAAACUGUUAAAGAUAAAGAAAGCUUUUUUACUUCGAAAUUUUCAUCUACCUUUAACUUCAUCAACUGUAAAAACAAUAGCUAUCAGAUCGACCAAAAUGCGUCGUGGAGGAAGAUACACGGACAAGAAGGAGGUGCAAGAGCACGUGAAGGAAGUGAAGCGGCAAGCAACCAAGGACCGACUGAUGACGGAGGCGCUGGAGGAGCUGGACCGUACGCCUACCACCCCGGCGUCCUCGACGACCGCUGGUUUUGGCAUGUCGGACGUCGACGACUCGCCCACCAGCACGGGACGAUCGCAGUUCCAGCAGGCGUUUGGGAAUGUCGGGUUGCAGAAAGUGCAGCAAGUGUUGGACGAGGUUGCGUCCUCCUCCUCCACCACCGCCAGCUGCCCGUUCCUGUCGCGAGACAACAGCCGGGAACAGUUGCUGGGGGUGUUGCCCGAUAAUAAAGUUGCGCCUGCUGGUGCAGCACCAGCUUCCAGUGAAGAAGCGCAAGUGGUUCCUCAUCUUCCGGAGCAGGAGCCGACCACACCUGCUUCGCCGUUGCCGGAACAAGUUGUGAAAAACAAGGAGCCCUACUGGGCAGGGCUGGAGCUCGAGGACAAAAAGGGCAUUCGCUGUGUGGAACACCUGCAAUCUGCCGCGUGGACGGAAGUGGCGAAAGCGGUGCGGGAUUCUCUGUCCGACGACUCCGUGCCAUGGCCGGAAAAGAGCUGGGGCCCGAAGUACAUCCGCAACUGCAUCCACAGCUGCAUCACCUACUCCAAAAAGGACAACACCGGCGGGUUGGAGGGCGCGACCAUGCGGUUCUGCCCAGAAAGCACCGAGGCCCACAACCGCGGUUUGCCGCAGGUAAGUACUCAUACGCAAUGUAGAGCUUCACCGAAGAAGACGUUUUGCCGGAAUCAAUAGCUUUGUGGCAGUAGUGCGUGAGCCUUAGACUUCUUGAAUAGAUUUACAAAGCAAGACGAAUUCAUUAUACAGAGUGCUUUUUUUUGCGCUCUGUCGUACCAGCAACUCGACGAUCAAAACGUUGCAUUUCAUUAAUCCAAAGAACCAAAUCAUCAACUACACCUUAUCAGGCCCACAAGCGUUUGGAGACUACGGUGAAGAAGAAGUUUCCCUGGGUUUCGUUCGCGGAUCUGUUUGCCCUCGGCGCGUGCGUCGCGAUCGAGGUUGCCGGCGGCCCGGUGAUUCCGCUUUCCGUCGGUCGCAAGGACAGCGACGGGAAGGUGCUCGUGAACACGGACAUCGCGAAGCCCCCCGUGCAGCCGGGCCGGCUGCCCUACGCGGAGUACGGAGAAUACCUGGAUGAGGAGGACGAGCUGGUGUUGAUCCAGUCCCAGAUGACCAAGAAGUUACUCGACACGGUCGGGCUCACCCCGCAAAUGAUGGUGUGCCUGAUCUGCGGCGGCCACGCGUUCGGGCGGUGCCACCGCGAAACGUCGGGGUACAGCGGACCGUGGCAGCGCACCCCGGGCGUGUUCAACAACAGUAUGGCCACCGGUCUGUUGCACGAGAAGUGGCGGCUGGUGAACAGUCGGGUCUUUUGCCACAAGGAGGACGGCACGGCGUAUUUCGACGGGGAGGCGGUGGAGACCGAAGAGAAGAAACGUGAACUCGCCGCGCGGGGCGGGUGUCCGGUCGAGUUUGAGGGCGCCCCGAUCCCGGAAAAGUGCCCGUACAACCCGGAGCAGCUCGCCGAGAUGAAGCAGAAGUGGAAGAAUUGCACCGGGGACGAAACCAAGUGCCCCUUUCUGCUCGCCAACCCGGAGCUGCAGCCGCGCGGAAUCCGCCGGCAGUACGUCAACGAGGACGACACCAUCAUGAUGUUAAUGUCCGACAUGUGUCUGUUGAAGCACCCGGAGUGGCGAAAGUGGCUGGAGUACUACGCGGAGGACGAAAGCCAGUUCCGUGAGGACUUCGCGCUCUUCUUCAAGGCCGCCACAGAACUCGGCUGGAAGGACCAGAGCCGAAGAGACGACGGGAAAGCGCUGCUGUCGGAGGAGGCCCUGGAACAGGAAUUGCGUACCUCGGUGGAAUCAGACGCUUCUUGCAAGAAUAAAUUACUCUCGGAACACUCCACCCGAGCACCAAGCAGUGAGAACCUGAAUCGAACAGCAACUGCAGAGUUGUCCGAAGCAGAUGAGCAAGCUUUCUCUUCAUCGACUGGCUCUUCACCAGCAACAUCAGGUACAAGUACUACACAAAAAAAGGUGAACACACAGCUUUCCUUCACGGCGGUGCAAAAGAGAGCAGACAAGGCAAAGGACUGGCUCAAGCGCUAUCAAAUGCAAAAAGUGUCUGGGUCUGGAAGAUUUUGAGAUUUGUCAUGCUUGUCUGGCAUGACCAAAAAGUUUGUGAUGCGUGUCCAAGAAGAGACCCUUUUGCCUGUCAUGCGAAAACGCAGUUUGUCAUGCGAAAAACGCAACAAUUUCUCAUGCUUGCCUGUGCAUUACAGAGCAUUUACUAUUCCCAACGCAGCAUUACAAGUUUCCAGACCCAGACAUUUUUGCAUUUGAUAAGUGUGGGCUGGACACCAUUCCGAAGAUGGCCCUGCGCGAGCUCGGCGAAUGGGUCUGCUGCCGCGAGGAAGGAUAUUAUUUGUGAUUCCGAGCUGUGUCGUGGUUCCGUUUGAUAUAAGCACCCUAUUAAUCACGGCGCACGGGCACUUGGUAUCAUUCGACACUUUGCAGCUGACACGAUUUUUUUACACAAAAUGGAGUACGAGUAGUUUGUUGUUUCGAGUAGAUUACAUCACCUCUUUAGCAUUUACAGUUUCGAUGUAAAAAAACAGAAGAAUGGAUGACACGGGCAGUAAAUCUUGCCCGAGGUUUCUCUUCUUCAAAAAAAAAAACGAGAACUACAGAUCACUUUUGUAUACUCGUGUAGGAUCAUCACUUAUCAUUUUCAUCUAGCUGCAUGGUGUAGUGGCGACCGGAUUUUAUCCGGAUGCAUGUCACUCACUUACAACCCUUUUUGAACAUUUUACUGCUAGUCGAAAAUAAGUGCACAGAACUCAAGACAGUUUGCUCAUCCCUAAGACACGAGGAAUUUCCAGCUACAAGAACUACCUUGAUGGCCAUCAGAAGACUUGGUGGAUAGGCGUAGACAUUGGUAUGGGGAAAAACAAAAAGUAAACUGAAAUGUAAGAUCGGGUAGAAGAUGAAUUGCGACCACAGAUUUAUUUGUGGAAUCGGUUCUUGUCCGCAACCCAACGUUGCGGUUCAAGCCUAUUUCGACAAGUGCGUGGCGCAAAAUCAACCGCAGAAUCGAUUCUUGAAGUCAUAAAAUAUAGCAAUUAUUACUACGUCAACAAAUCACCACAAUUUUCUAAAACCACUACAAAAAGCCCCCUUAGCACAAACCUCUUGAAAAACUCGUUGCAAUAGAAUUGUUUCUGGUCUCGCAAGUGGAUGGAAAAGUAAAGAACGAAGUCUGCAUAGUAUCGUACUCUCGCGAAUGUGUAGUACGGAGUGCAUGCAUAGAAGAUGAGUCGUACAUUCACGACGUAUGAUCUGCUCGUCUAUUUCUAAUUCUACGAGAAAGAAAAAGUUUAGUCCUAACAGCUAGGAGAACCUGAGCGCUCUUCUUUUCGCUGCGUCUAGCUUGUCUUCGUAGAAUUCAACAUUGACUCAGAUUUACUACCUACUUCCAACAAUCGAAGAAAAGAGAUUCUCUCAAGGAGACUCCCGUUUUUAUCCGAUCAUCUUAGUGGAGUUGUACUGUACAAUGUAUGCACAGAUUUACUCUUUAUCUGAAUGUUGCAUGGAGUGGACCACGAAGAUGUGAGAAAAAGUGACGGACAGAAACUAACAAAAGCACGAGCAAAGACAAAAGCCGCUGGAGCUCUCAGUUCAUUCUGAGGGCGCCAACAAGUAAACGUAGUAUGAUCAUGUGCCCAAAAGUAUCUUCAGCGAGUUGGAAAAAAAUAAAAAACAGAAAAG